UACCAAGAGGCAGUAUGACAAAGGACGGCAAGCUGCUGCCGUACAGGCACCUCCAGCCGCGCAACAGUCGCGCCAACCGUCAGAAGAAACAGAAGAAGCACGUUUCUGAAGACGAGGAGAGCGACGACUCCACUGUGGAGGAGCAGCCGCGCGAGGAACAGAGGACCCCCUCCCCCAUGCUCGAAGAACCCACCAUGAAGCUGCCAGAGGAAGUGCUUCGAGCUCUGUACAAGACGCCCGGUAUUCUGAUGAUCGCGGGGCUCGUCUCGUGGGACCUGGUCGCCCGUCGUGACAACAACCCAACCAAACGCACUCACCCCAACCUCUAUACCUUCCACAAGUUCACUGAUCGAAAGUAUCGUUUUAUCGCCAGCAGCUGCUCGGCUGGCCACUCGGUGCUGGUCGAUGAGAACGGCGAAGUCUACACUUUCGGCCGCAACACGUGCGGCCAACUCGGUUUCGGCGACACGGUGACCCGCAACGUGCCCGAGCCGGUGCCCGCGCUCAAGGGCAAGAACAUCAUCCACGCCGCCGUCGGCAGGCAUCACACGCUCUUCGUUACAGAUACGGGCACUGUGUACGCGUGCGGCGACAACAAGUGCGGUCAGUGCGGCAUCGGGAACACGACGCCGCAGGUGCUCAAGCCGACACGCGUGCGAUACAACGGGGCCCCGGUCAUCAAGGUGGGCUGCGGCGCCGAGUUCUCCAUGAUACUCGACUGCAACGGACAUCUGCACUCGUUCGGACUGCCCGAGUACGGACAGCUUGGUCACAACACCGACGGUAAAUACUUCGUAACGUCGACGAAGCUCUCGUUCCACUUCGAGACCGUUCCGAAGCACGUCGCUCACUUCUUCGAGAAGUCCAAAGACGGACACGUGAACGCCGUCAAGGACGUCGAGAUCGUCGACUUCUCGUGCGGGAAUAAUCAUACUGUCGCUAUUGACUCCAAGAAGCGCGCCUACAGCUGGGGUUUCGGCGGUUUCGGGCGCCUCGGUCACGCCGAACAGAAGGACGAGAGCGUUCCGCGCAUGAUCAAGUACUUCGACACUCAGUCGCGCGGAGUGAGGUCCGUCCACUGCGGCGGCACCUACAGCCUCGCCGUCAACGAACUAGGUGGGCUGUUCAUGUUCGGUCAGACGAAGCGUACGGGUGAGGCCAACAUGUAUCCGAAACCAGUGCAGGACUUGAGUGGCUGGAACAUCCGCAGCAUCGGCACCAGCAACACUUCCAUCGUGAUCGCUGCGGACGACUCGCUCGUCGCCUGGGGGGUCUCGCCCACAUACGGAGAACUCGGUACUGGCGACAUCAACAAAUCCACAGCUCGACCCAAGGAGGUGACUCGUAUGGACGGUCUCAACAUUACCCAGGUCACGAUGGGCUACUCCCACACCCUGCUCCUGUGUGACGACACCGGCGAGGAGGUCACCGCCAAGCUCGCCUCCAUGCCCACCUUCAACCCCUAAGCCCACACCCCACAGCUGGACUCAGCGUGGGCUCCUACCGUGAACAGUAACGAUACAGUUUCAAUAGCCAAGAGACGACAUGUAUUACAGUUACGCUCUGAUAAACAAGUGGUAUUUGUGUAAGCGGUGGUUUCUUUAUAAAAAGCUUGUAUGUUCAGAGAUGUCAAGUCGAAUACUUCAAGGUCACGGGACUUGUCAUCUUCAUGCAUUUGAGUGUUCUAGAAGUUGUCGGUUGUAGACAUGUCACUUGGUUAGAAAGAUUAAUCUCCUAUAGUCUGCGUCAUAGUGUACCUUUCUAUACACAUGUACUGGUCUGCAGUGCGAGUUGACGUUAGACUGCGUUUUGUAUUUGUUUCAACAGACCCCCUAACGCAUUUUAAUACUUAGUUUUCUAUGGGUAAGGCCUAGAACUAACGAUCUUGUUUCCAGUGAUGUUAUAAACUUCAAUUAUAAGAAGUAUCCCUCCCCCCCUCCCAAGCCACGUGUUUAGUUUUUGUGGGUGAGUCUGCAUACAAAGGACUUAAGCCUGUGAUUUUUAUAUAAAAAAAAUCAUGGUUUAAGUUUUAUAAGUAUUGUUUCUAGAUGGUAACAAGUCUCUCCAAUAAAGUUCUCCUAUAUAUUUAGCCAAUUUCUUGUUAAUUAUUAACUGUUUUAAGGAAACUGUUUUAAUAUUUUCGAACAGUACGAAAUUGCACGCUGACGUCAUCGGGACUGAAACAAACCAUGUGUAUAGUAAGCGUCGUAUAUGUAGCGGCUAUAGGAGAUGACGCGUUGAAACAAACCUUGUGAACUCUGUUACUUUGUAAGUCGACGGGUUUUAGUAAACUGUCGAUGGAUUGUGAAUUCAAGUUGUUAUGGUAAUAGAAGAAAUAACAAGUAUAUUGAGAUUUAAAUAUUACACAAGUUACAAAACAAUGGCGCAAUGAUAUUCGUACGAAGUUGUAAUUGCGCUAUUGACAGUCAAAUCACUGUCCCGUACUUGUGAUUACGUGAAAUAGAGCAAUCUUCCUUUAAUAUAUACCUUUCUUCAAAUCUCUUAAUAAAAAAUAUCGAAGGAGUAAAGGAAAUACCAUUGUAAUAUUGUAAUUCACAAUUUAUCAACAGUAAUGACUUAUAAACUAACAAAAUUCACAAUUAUUCAUGACUAGAGUAAAUACAAACGCACGAAUCGAUUCAUAAACUAUAUUUUAUCUGAUAUCUCGCUCGCACUCAUAGGCAAAAAUAAAAUAUCAAAUUUCUGUCCCGAAACAUCGGUGCGAACCGGUUUCGUUUACGUAAGAGUCGAAAUACAAAUCAGACCAAGAACAAACCGACAUUUCGGAGGCAUUACUGGUAUACCGCAGGUCGUGGGUUCGAUUCCCACCCAGGACAAAUGUGAUGUGAUGAUCACGAUCAUUUUUUCUGUGUCUGGGUGUA